UCCCAAACUAUAUACAUAUAUAUAUAUGGAUUUUAUAAAUAUAUCCUACCCAUUAAAUAUGCCACGGAGAUUUUUCUUCUUCUCCACUUUUCGCCACCAUUUCUUCUCUUCUCCUUCUCUCUCUUUCUCUCUCUCUCCCUCUCUCUCAAAUCGGUGGAAGGUCCAACAUUAGACUAUGACCGGCGGAGACUGGAUACACGAAGCCAUGUGUGAUGAUUCAUUGGUGGCGGAGGCUCUGAUCUGCCUCUUACAUGCUGAGCCCUCACCUCCUGGGAUGACGAGCGGCGGCGCGUCGGAUCUCAAGCUGAAGUGGACCGUGCGUCAGAGGAGGACCAAGGCGGCGUCGUUGAGGAAGAAGGGAGAUCAUGACACCCGUGCUAGUCCCACCACGCCACUUUCCUGGAGCGGUGCCACUUCUUUUAGCGGCGGUGCUGCUGCUGCUGCUGAUGGUUUUGAGGAGUCAAGCCGUGCUGUGAAACUCUCUGAGGCCGUUAGAUCUAAGAUAUCUCAAACGAAUGUAACAACAACCACCCCUUUCAAGAGAUCAAGAAAGAAAAAGACGCUUGCUCAACUUAAAGAAGAGGAGAGUUUGCUCUUAAAAGAAAAGAAAGGCUUGAAAAAUGAACUCGCAAGUAUGCGGGAUCUGCUCAAGCAACAAAGAGCAAGAAACGAGUCUUUAAAGAAGAAGAUGCAGGCUGAAUCACAAAAGAAUGAGGAUUCCUCCUUCUUGCUCCCUGACCUUAACAUUCCUCUGGAUAACAACAACCCGAGCCCUGAAAGUCUCUAUGGAAGCAGAGCUGAUAUUAUAUAACUACGAGACACAACAACCCAUCAAAACAUAUUCUUUUGUCGUUGACACGUUUUCUAGACUACGCAUAACUGUAACUAUAUAUGAUAUGGCUAAGAAUAUAGAUAGAUAAUCGUCGACUCUUCUCAUCCCCUUUGGCUUUGCAGACGGAUAAAAAGAUUAUGAUGACAGAGGAGAGGAGACUAGUUAUUUUUUCUUAUAAAAAGUUCUUUUUGGUGUUUUUCUUAUAGUAGGAUACCAAAUCGUCCUAGGUUGUAGCAAGUUUUUGCUCUUGCCAAUCUUUUGUUGUCUUUUGCUUCUUUUCCCACCUUUUGUCAUAAGAUGAGAGAUGUUGUAAUUAAUAAUUUACUAAUCAUCUUCCACGUAUGUAAUACUGUCAAGUGCCAAGUGCAUUUCUUCCUUGAUUGUUUUCUUUUUCCUAAUCACAUUCACAUGGGACUUUCCAUC